AUGGCUUCCGAAAAGUCCUUCCUCCAGGCCAUCAAGGACCGCCGCACCAUCUACGCGCUCAACAAGACCGCCCCCAUCGCCGAUGAGAAGAUUGUCUCCAUCGUCAAGGACGCUAUCCUCCACGUUCCCUCUUCUUUCAACUCCCAGUCCGCCCGUCUCGUUGUCCUUCUCAAUGACGAGCACGACAAGUUCUGGGAGUAUGUCAAGGAGGUUCUGAAGCCCAUCGUCCCCGCGGACCAGUUCGCCAAGACUGAGGAGCGUGUCAACGGCUUCAAGGCCGGUUACGGAACUAUCCUCUUCUUCGAGGACCCCGAGCCCGUCCAGGCCCUCCAGAAGCAAUUCGCCCUCUACGCCGAGCACUUCCCCGUCUGGUCAGAGCACACAUCCGCCAUGCACCAGUUCGCCCUCUGGGUCGCCCUCGAGGCUGAGGGUUUCGGCGCCAACCUCCAGCACUACAACCCCAUCAUCGACCAGAAGGCCCAGGCCGAGUGGAACAUUCCCCAGCUCUGGAAGCUCCGCGCCCAGCUCGUCUUUGGCGGCAAGGUCGCCGAGGCUGGCGAGAAGCAGUACAAGCCUGUUGAGGGCGAGAGGCUUUUCGUCCACGGUGCUAAGAACUAG